AUCCAAGCAUGAAGUCUUCGAGCCCGAGUACAGAAUGCCGGCCAUAUCUAAGAGCGAGGAUUUUGAAGAAAACGGCUUCCGGGUGUCUGCCAUCUCCAAGAAUGACGAUGACGAGAGCUUGUCUGUGUCCGGUAUGAAGAUUAACGGAUUCUCUGACGAAUAUCUGGACCGGAUAGAACCGAACGGAAACAUCCCGGACAAGGACUGCGGAAGCUUUGACCGUUGGGAGCGGCUGGUUGACCAUAGGGAAUCCCUCUCCAGGCAGCUCUCCGUCUCCUCCGACUCUAAGCUUCUCGACGAGGACAUUCGCAGCGAGCAGAAGGUCAUCAUGAGGCCCAAGAAACCUCCAAGACCCAAGUCAGAGGUGUACCUUUGUAAAGACACCCGCAAGUGUAAACGAUUCUCCGCUUUUGGGGGGGACUCACCUUUCGGGCGGACGGAAGCCUACAUGAAGUUGGAUCAGCUGGGUGAAGGUUCCUACGCCACCGUCUACAAGGGCUACAGCAACCUCACGAACCAGGUGGUGGCGUUGAAGGAAAUUCGCCUACAGGAGGAGGAGGGCGCCCCCUUCACCGCCAUCAGGGAAGCCUCGCUCUUGAAACAACUCAAACACGCCAACAUCGUCACCCUUCAUGAUAUCAUCCACACUAAAGAGACACUCACAUUUGUCUUCGAGUAUGUGCACACAGACCUCUCACAGUAUCUUGAGAAACAUGGGGGAGGUCUCCAUCCUCGUAAUGUGAAGCUGCUCCUCUUCCAACUCCUGCGGGGCCUCUCCUACUGCCACCGUCGACGGAUCCUUCAUAGAGAUAUCAAACCACAAAAUCUACUUAUAUCAGAAAUCGGUGAACUCAAGAUAGCAGAUUUCGGUUUAGCGCGAGCCAAAUCUGUACCGUCCCACACGUACUCACAUGAGGUGGUGACAUUAUGGUACCGGCCGCCAGAUGUCCUUCUAGGCUCCACUGACUACUCCACUUCCCUGGAUAUGUGGGGAGUCGGCUGCAUUUACACAGAAAUGAUCACUGGGGUGCCUGCCUUCCCGGGGGUCAGAGAUAUACAGGACCAACUCGAUAAAAUUUUUAAGGUUGUUGGAACACCCACUGAAGAGACGUGGCCUGGAGUCACGCAGUUGCCAAACUACAAGCCACAUCGCCUUGUUCUCCAUCGUCCUCGUAGACUGGCCUCUCUCUUUUCUAGACUCAAUGACAUUCCUAAUGCUGAGUCCUUAGCUACACAGUUCCUACAGAUUCAGCCCAAAAAGAGGAUCUCAUCAGAGACAGCUCUCAGACACAGCUAUUUCGCUGACUUACCCUCACAAAUAUAUGAGCUAGAUGCUGAUCAAUCUAUAUUCUCCGUUGGAGGUGUUCGGUUAGCACAGGAACUCCGUAACUACCCUACUUCAGUAAUUCAAGCAGCCCGAGAGAUCAGGAAGUUGGUUUAGUCACCACCCAAUCUCCCUUCACCAAAAUAGGUUAUACAAGAUAGUAUCAUACAUAUCCUUUUGCCCUUUCAAGCACAAACUGGACAUUGGUACAUGGCCCAGGGAUUUAGCUUGAAGCAAGACAAGAUCAAAUAUACUUGCAUUUGUAAAUUUUUUCUGCAAAAAUCUAACAAAGCUUGAUACUAAUACAAAUAUUUUCAAACAAGAAUCAAGCUAGUUCAGAUGAUAUUUAUAUGUUUGUUUAUCAAAUGAAUGCAGAGGUCAGAGUGAAUUCAUUUUUAUGGUGUUUGAGUACAGUACUUUAUUUGUGAAGUUCUUGUAUGAAAUGAUGUUCAAUUAUGAGUGUCAAAUAAAUUACAUAUACAGUUUCAGGUUUUGAAUGUUUGUACUGUACUGAGUAACCAAAAAGUAUGCAACGGUUCACUUACUCUAAUAUUCUUUGCAGAUGAAUUAUCAGAUUUAGUAGAGUAGCAUCAAGAUUAUUAAAAUUCUCAUUGUGGGGAUAAACGUAGAGAAUCAGAUGUGAAUAGCAUAUAGAAUAAACUACCUGUAAUAGGAUUAGUUAAAACAAUCAAUAAAUUUAAAUACCAAGAGAAGUGCUGCUAAGGUAAAAUAUUGUACAUAAUUUGUCUGCGGUCUGCAGCCUACCACAUAUAGGACUAGCACAGGCAGACUUCAUUUGUUAAUGCUCAGUUAAGCAGUGGCUAUUUAAACCAUUUCUUCAGGAAGUGGCUCAGGGGUACAAAGAAAGUGCUGUACUAGUAAUUACUUUUUCUUCUCAUUGUCAUGGCCAUGAGAACUUAUUGAAAGAAAAUCAAAGUUAAUGCCAUUUUUCUUCAGGUAUAUCAUUUCAAUUUCUAAAAGAUGUAAGGUCAUGUAUUUACUGUAAAGAAAAAUUCAUAUCAAACAAAAAGUAGCUUAAACAUUCAUUUUGGUUACCAGUUGUGAUUACAGUGUAUAAUGAUGUAAUUUGUUACUUUAUGAGAUGUGCUCUCUUAAUUCACACAAAAAUAUAUUGUUAUACUUUUACAAGUUCUAAUCUAAUCACUCUGGCGUGCUGUGGAAAUGCAGUGAUGUAUGUACUGUACUGGUGAGAGGGUUUGUGUUCAGUUUCUCUUGAAAUAGGUGGAGAGAAUAUGUGUGUGGCUAUUUUAUUUUAUAAAAGUGAUGGGGAAAAAAUGCUUGGUUUAUAGACAGAUAUUAUAUAUGAAAGUAUUUAGCGAUAUUCAAGGAAAUACAACACACGUGCUCAGUUUCAUGACAAUGGAGCCUAGGAGUAAAUUUUUCAGUAGCAGUCACCAAUAUACGAUAAUCAGCGAAAAGAAAGGAGGCUGAUGAUGGAAAAGUUCCUGGCAAUGUGGCAAAUAAUCUGUGACUGUAUGGCAGAUUCCUUUUCUCUUGUUUGACACAAUGUCUUGGUUCACAAAAAAAUUUGUUCACCAGAUUUGCAUUAACCAGGCUAUUAGAUAUGUAUCUGCAUAUAUCUCUAUGUAUAUUUCAUUAUUUACUUUAAUAAAUCAUGGAAUAAGCAUGAGAGAACAGGUAUGCAUAAAAGAAAUAUCUUGAGGUGCAAGGUAAUAGUUAGAUAUUUAUAGUUUUUUUUAAAGGGUAUCUUUAUGUUUUAUACCAUGGUUGCAUCAUGAAAAAAGAAAAUAUCCAGUUUCAGUUCAGUUUUCUUUAUCACAGUUUAUGUAUACUGUACCUGUACCAUGGUACAGUAUACUGUAAUUUUGUGUGAGUUCAUAGAGUACACUCGCUGCCCAUUGCCCUGAAAAGACUCACUAUUGUGUGCCAAGGUCACUUAGCUAAUUUCAUGAAUUAACUACCAUGUAAUAGAAGAGGGGUAUGCUAGACAUAGCUUUAGGAUUGUAGAUAUAAAACUUUUGAAGAAAUAGUAUAGAAGUGUAGAUAUAUAUAGAAUUAGUAUUAGGUGCAGAUCUUAAAGUGGCUGUAAUAUGUAGACUUCCUUCAAAUGAACAAUGAAAUACUUUGGAUGUAGGUGCAGCAGCAUUAGGAUUUCUGAAUAAUUUUAUAUUCUUGAGAAUAUAUGCUAUGUUGAGCAUUGAAUAUUGAUUGUAGACAAUUGCUGUAAAAAUAAAUAUAAAAAAACAGACAAAAUUAUGAUAAUGCUCAAUAUAACAGACUUUAUCAAUGUUAAUGCUUUGGGCCAGAAUUAAAUAACAUGUUUGAUUUAUAAUUUAUAGAAAUCCCUGUAAAUUUAAGUGUUAAAUAGCAGUAUGACAUAAUUGACAGCAAAAAAGUUUAAAAUCACCAUAACAUGAUAGUUAAAUUAAGCAUGAAUUUAGUAUAUGGCCUUUGUACAGAGCUUUAGUUAUGCCUGACGAGAGAUAUUGCCAUGAACAUUUUACAGUACAGUUCUCUUAUUUAUGAAUGCAACAGACUUAGGCUGGUUGUAUCUUGUGUUCAGAAAAGUGACUACAUAUUACGUAAUAGCUGUUUGCCAUUCUGAAAAUUAAAUUAAAGGGGUAUUCAUUACUUUCUAUUAAGUUGAAGUCAAUGACAGAUUUUAAAGCCUCACUUUCAUAUUUUGUAAUAUCUUUACUACAAACAAAUAGAUAUAUAUUCUUAUCUUUGAAUUCGUAGGGAACGAAAACUUAGUCAUAUGAAAUGUCUAAGUAAUUUAAAAAUUUUAUGCUCGUGGAUUACUCAUCAUUGAUUUGCAGUGAUAUCCUAUGGUAUUAAUUUGUCAUUGAAGAUAAUAUAUUGUCAUAUUGUUUCUCUUUGGUCAACCUUGAAGGUCUAGACACUGUUUUCUCCUACCGAAUGUUGUUAUCAUUACUUACAUUCACCAUAUAAUCCCACUUGAUGGUGCGACACAAGUUCCGACAUCGUUUUUAUUACUAUCCAUUAAAGAUCACUAUUUGUUAUUUCUCUCGGUCAUUGUUUCCCUUGUCUUUUUCCUCCCAUAAUCACUAAUUAUCUCAGAUGUCUUUGCCGUUUAUGCUAUAAUCGUGAGGCAUUUUUGUACAUUUUCUGUACUUUACCUUCUUCCUGUAUUUGCAAGUAAAUGACAACAAUAUUUUAUAUGAUAGACCUUAGCUUCAUGGGGAACUAUCCUUUAUUUUAUUUUUCAGUGUCACUGUUAGAUCUUCAGUGUAUUGACAGCCAAAUAUUUUUAAUGAAACUCUAUUUCCACUGUACCCUUUUAAAUGCCAGAAAUAGGUAUCUUUAAUAUACAUUUCUAUACCUUUACGUAAAUAAUAUUUUUGAGACUGGCAAACAGCUACAUUAAGGCAAUUAUUCCUUAGUUUUGUAAGUGAAAUACAUGAUGUAAGUGAAAUAGACGCUCACUUCUCAACACACAUAUACACCAGUUCCUGAGCCACACUUUCUAGCUUCAUUUUGAUCCUUGACGCAGGUGUGUCCCGUAAUAUGCACAGUAGCUCACCUUUUUUGCACAUUUUCGUGUACAAUACACUAAUUGCUAUUGAAACUGUGAUAAUGCAUUCAACACAACGUAUACUGGGAUAACGUUAUUGAUGCACAUGAUGACAUAAUAUAUUGUUCAUAACCCUGUAAAUCUGUCUGUUCCAAGAUAUUAGAUAUUUAAACUUUUUAUCUGACUAAAACAUUUUCCUUUCAUUGGAAGGUUAAAAAAAAAAAACUUGUUUCAAGUCAGUCAGUACCUCUACACUCUAAUUUGGUUUGGGUGUGAAACACAUUAUGGGUUUUGCAUUAUCUGGCUUACAGAUUAUAUGAGCAUCAAAAAAUCAAAUGUCUAGACAUUUCUUUAAGAUAAAGCUUCAGUCCUUAGAGUCAAAUACUGUACAAAUGUGCAUUCAAAAUUUUAGGUUACUGCUUGAGCAUAAACACUGGAUAUAUGAAAAAAGAUAUAUUUCUGUAAACUAGAUGUGGGAUAAUGUAUUAUUUAACUUCUUCAAGCAGUUGCCAAUACGUUGGUCUGUCAAACAGUUGGCCAGGUAUAUGUGAAACUCCAGCAUAUAGACUCAAGCAUUUUGUUGGGUAAGGAUUUUCUAUUUUCAUGUUUCUUACUACACAUUGGCUUGGAUAAUUUAGCUGUAAAAUAUUAUGCUCUAUAUAUUUUGAUAAUGACCAAAAGUUAUUUAGACUUAUUCAGACAUUUGUAACAUUCACUUUGUAAUUAUUAAUGUAAAUAGGUAUUGGUGAGAACAAGAUGCUACAUAAUGAUUAAUUUGUUAUUAUGUACUAAUAUGAUAUGUACGUUAUGCAUAAUACCACUUCAGUAAGUUUCAAAUAUAUAAGUGAGUGUAUUCAUGAGUUAUGCUGUGGCUGUAAUUUGUAUUACAUCAAGUAUUAGUUGUCUGUACGAACUAUGGGCUCUAAAAACCUAACCAGAUACUUGAGUAUAGAUGCCAGCAAGACAUGUGUUGUUGCUCAAGCGUGUGAGACACAACGGUGCCUACCUGUACCCCUCCCCAGGGAUGUAUGUGGACUGACUCUACCGGUUGCCCUAGCAGCCACCUCUAACACUACUUCUAGUUUGUAAAAUAAAAAGAUAUAUGAAGUGUGAGUCUAUCUGGGAAUUAUUGGAUGCUAAAUGAAUUUGAAGUUUCUUACAUGGAAUGUUGAAUAGGCAUACAGUAGAAUAUUUGUUACAGUAUUAUUAUUUUUUUUUUUCAUAUUUGGUGAUUUUACUGCUCCACCUCUUUUUGUUUGCCUUAGAAAAAUGUAAUUUGAUGCUUUGAUUAUAAUUUAUUUAUUUAUUUAUUUGUAAUACAGUACUGUACUUGUAUUAGUCACCACACACACACACACACACACACACACACAUUUGUUGAUUUACAGUACCGUAAGUCUUUGUUACUUUAAAAAAAGUGAGCAUAUAAUUCUUGCAGAGGUAAUGGAGUACUUUUUAUCACCCGACUAACAGUUUGCUUGUAAGAAACUUCAUUCGUCUAUCAUUCUUCUUUUGUACAGAUUUGGAUAUGAAUGAACCUUGACUAUUCUGAAUGUAACCAGAGUUGCACAAAGCGCACUGAUAUUUGCACACAAUAUUUCAUUAUCACAAGACAUUCUGGUCGUCACUCUCAAUUCUUACAAACAAGGUGUUUCCCUGUUGCCUCUACAAAGUCACCACUUUGUCAACAUGCAGCACACAGGUCAGCCUUGGACAUACAACAAAAUAUAUACUUGGUAAAUGCCUGUGGUCUGAAAUAUGUUUUUUAUUAUUAUUAUUAUUAUUAAUUACAGGAUGUUGGAAUAAUUCUAACCAUUUUACCUAAUUCACUGUAUGGUAUUAUACAGGAAAAUAGGGGAAAAUUUAUAAGCUUGAUAGAAUGGAAUGGACUUUAGGUGCAAGAGAAAAAACUGAAGUUCCAUAUGUUUUUUUCUGCAUAUUGAUGAUAUCGGUUAAUCUUAUUACAUUAGACAAUAAAUUCUUAGAUGGUAAAUUUGGCAAUCAUCAUAACAAUAACACAUGAAGUAGCAAUAACUUAUACUUGGCAUAUACUUAUAGUUCUGUCAUCCAAUACUUCAUUAUUGUGUGUAGUAUGUCAGUGAUAUACCCAAUGGUAUUUCUGAUAAUUUUGAUCAGAUCAAAUUGACAAAUUCUAAGUCCAUGUUACAGUACACUCAUGCUCAGGAAUUUAUAUAAAAAGAAGCAAAAUAAUGUAUAAGCAGUAACAAAGAUUUAACUUGUGCUGUAAUCUAACUAACAGUCAAGUACCACAAUGUUUAGGAAAGAUGAUCCGCAAAAGAAAAUAUGUUUGCAUGAUAUGGAAGAAGCAAAAUAUUAUCGAAUUGAUCAAAAUAGAAAAACUGAUAGUUAAUUACCUUUGCUGUGAAUUUUGUAUCACUGUACUGCACAUUACUGAAUGAAGCUGUGUGAUGGUAGAUGAGAAACAUGGCUUUGAUAACCUGGGGAUGCAGAUUCAGUCUUCAACAGAUGAUCACGUUAACAUGGUGUUGUGCGUGGAGGUGGUGUCUUUCAUGGUGAAGCUCUGGACUAUUGCUAACCAUUAUAGAUGAAGACAGUACACCCUUGUAAAAUGGUCAUGAGUGAUAUACAUAUUCUCUUCCUCUUCACCUCACAUUUUCAAAAUUGGAUUCUCAGUACAUGGUCAGAUUUCAUUUUAAUGCAGCCAUUUCAGGUACAUUUAGUGUACAGUAUUCCUGUUAAGUGAUAUCCAAAUUACCGUAUUGUUUCACAUUUAUGGAGAUGUUUACUACCGAAUGAAAAAGAAACUUCUGAUUUGCUAUAAGGAUUGGAUGAACAGUAAAUGGUCAAUGAUUACCAGGUAUUUACUUUAAAUGAAAUGGAGAAUUUUAUUUUCUAGUCACUGUGGCAAUCAGUAAAUAUUUGCCAUGAUGUUCUGUGUAAAAUUGUUUAUUGGGAAUCUCAUACAGUGGUUUUGUUCUGUAUAUUAUCAUUACAAUCAGUACCUAUAUAUUUCAAAUUAUCUAGAUUUAGUGGAAGUUGUAUGUUUAAAUUCAAGUCAAAGCAGCAGUUGGAAAAUAUGAUGUACUGUAGUUUGUUAUAGAGGUACUGUACUAAAGUUGGAUGAACUGUUGAAUUAUAGGGAAAUAUUGGUGUUAUGGGCAAAAGAUUUUCCAAUAAAUUUUAUAUCAUAAUUUUGAGACUCGGCAAAGCCAGGUGCGAGUUCACAAGACUUGUUUGCUUCACACGGACGUAGUUACAUCAUCAAUAAAGAAAGAUUUCCCCUUUGUUGAAUUUUGUAGUACUGUACUGUAUAUGGCUCUCUUUGAAUCUCUUAAGUUGGCAUUCAUUUCCAGUACAGGCAAAUGCAAUAGGAAUAAUAUGUUGAAGUUGGUAGUACAAGACACAUUUCUUUUUUGUAGUAAAAGGGAUUAAUUUAUUCAUUACAAUUUUGUAGAAUUGUGAUAACUGUUAGCAGUACCACAGUACCAGGUUUUAUGAGUUAAAUUUUUCCUUCGCUUAAUAUCUUGGCUUCUUUACAUGUAGAUGUGUCAUUUUAGAGUAAACAUUUUUUUUUUUUUAUUAAAAUUUGUCACAAAAUGACCCUAGUACUGGAUACAUCUAACUUUCGAACUGUAGAUGUGAUCCAACGUCUGCGCUCUCUAACUCAAUUUAAUUGGGUAAAGUUCUGAUUUAUUCCUCAUCAGUACAAACUUUCUUUUUACAUGACACUGUGAUCAAUUAUGGCCAUUAGACUGUUUGAGUACAUGUCACUGGUACACUACUGAGUAUCUGUGUGAUCGGUAAAAAGGAUGAGCAAAUCAAGUUCCUCAUCUAGAAGAAAUCCAAUACAGUAUACUGCGCUGUACUACAGUAUAUGUAAAGAUUUAAGCUGCAUACUUGUUGUGUUUUGCUCUCUCUACUCACUUUGUUCAACACCUUUCAUUAUAUUCCAUCAAAAUUACCAAGAUUACCAAGUUGUCAUAUCAUAACUAUGCCUGAAAAAACAUAUUAUCGAACUUUUUACUAUAAAUAUAUAUACGAGUAUUAUAUAUAUACAGUACUGUAUAUAGUAUACAUUUAUUUCUGGAGGAAUGUUUUAGAUCUCAUGUGUAACAUUAUAGGCAUUGACCUGUUUUAGUGAUCAGUUUCAGUUUUUAGGAUAUUUACUGUAUAAGAGAAUUGAUAGUGAAAUAAAAUGAGGGUUUACUGUUCAUUGAUAUAUUGUAACUUUGAAAAGUUAAUUCUCAUAUUCCAUGCAGAGUUUAUAAUCAGAAAUAUAUUUUCCUCACUCUCCUCCAUCAUUACUAGAUACCUCCUGAGUAAUGCACUUUUCAUCAGAUGCUAACAGAGCAAUCAUUGGGUUUAGACACUGUUACAUAGAUUUUUAAUUGUUGGUCUAAGGUAAAAUAUCCUUAUAUAAUUUAUCCUUCAUAGUAACUGAAUUAAACAAAAUAUGUAAUAUGUUUUUAUAAGCUUGGGUGAUUUUGUUUCAAAUGUAUUGUACUGUAUUUAUAUUAGGUAUUUUUGUGUCUAGAUCUGAAAUUGUGAAAUUUUUAGCAGAUAAUAUUACAUAAUAUAUCUUUGCUCAAUAGAACUUUUUGAUGGUUCAGAAAAUUUAUUAAGAUUCAAAACAUGAUUUACAAUCUAUAAGAACACCUUCCUGGGUCAUGCAUUCUUACUGGAUUGUUGGCUGUAAGCUUUUACUACUAAAUAUUAUAGUUUAGUAGUUUUAUAUAGAAUAACUAUAUUCAACGUUUUUAGUCAGCAGUCCUUUAGCUUAUAGAUGACUUUUGGAAGUUCAUAUUCUGUAGACUUUAUCUGAUAUUCUUUGUUAUAUGCUUUAUGUGCCAUGUUAUUCUUCUUGGCUUCCCAUUAAAACACUUGUAAUUAUGCUGUACAGUAUUAAUUAAUAGUUUAUGUACAUGUUUGAGGUUUGUACAUGUGUUCAAGGUUAUGUAUAUGUCUUAUAUUCCUAAUGGUUACAUAAGAAGGAAAUCUGGUAAAUAUAUGACCUCAAAAUAUGUAAAUAGGGAUGAAUUUUUAGCAUAUUUGGGACAGAAUUCAAAGUUGAUACUUGAUGUUUGGUGAUGAAUUAAUAAAGACUCACUCAUUUUGUAUGCCUGUUAGCCUCACCUUUCAUCUCAAUGAGGCAGUUGGAAAUAAUGAUGAGUAAGACCUAUAUUCUCAUCGUUACUGAACUUCAAGAAAGAUUUGACAAUUCUGACCUUAGUAUUCAUUGUUUAAGUGUUUUAAUGAAGCAGCUUUUAUAGUCUCAAGUACUUGCCCAUUUUUUGCACAAGAACUGUCUUACAUAAUUUGUCUUUUGAGUCUGGUUGAAUGAAAAGUAAAAAAUGCUUCAACACUUUUUAUGCCUAUUAAACCAGUCAAAUAAUAGUUUAGAAUAAAAUUUACAGCAGUUUAUAUAAUGUCGAUGAUAUGAUCUUGGCAGUGGAAUGUAACCAUUUUGAUUUGUGAUAUAAUUUAAACUUCUUCAUACUUUGUAUUUAAUUUCAUAUUUCACAGGAAAUUUAGCUGUUAAUUCAAAUUCUUCAUCUGAAUUGUAUUUUUGUACAAAAUGUACUGUAUGUCUAUUGGAUAGGUUUCUACCCAUUGUAUCACAGCAUAUUCUUAUGAAUUAGUUUUAUGCACAGUGUUGGUUUACAGUCUUCAUAAGUAUGGUUUUUUUUUUAAUUUAGUAAAAGUGUUUAGAAAAUCAACUUAAAUUUUUUUUAAUAUUUUUUUUCUGCUGUCAUGCAGUUGAUUGUGAGCUGUGCUGUGAAGAGUACUUUGUGAAGGACUAACCAGGUGAGAACCAAUGAGAAUGAAGGACCUAACCAGGUGAGAACCAAUAAGAAUGCAGGAACUAACCUGGUGAGAACCAAUAAGAAUGCAGAGUGCUACUUUUGGUUUUAGUAACAACAAUGACCAACCUGGCUCAACAGGUGUCCUGCUACAGUAGAGAUGAUACACUUGUGUAUGAAUGAAUGAUUUUAAUACAAAUGUUUAGCAGA